GGCCAAAUCGACAAAAUUCUGGGACAAAUCUGAACUCGAAUUUGUUUGUCCGUUUGCGCAGUGGAUGAUUUAGUGAUGGCGGGUCGGGUGUCCAUUCUCUUGCGAGGUAUGGGCAAUGCCUUUGAUCUGCAACUGACUACGGCCAAAAGUUGGUUGCCACACGCCGAGAAGAACAUCGCCAAUUACGAAGCCAAACAUCCUGAAAUGACUUAUAGGUAUCCCCAAACGCAAGUAUAA